AAGAAAGGAGGAGGAACCAGCCAAGAAACAACCAGCAAGAUUCAUAUGUAUCUAUUUAUGUACAUUGACACUGUACUCAUAGUCACUCACAACAUCACUGUGUUGAAGAUCUCACCACUGUCUACACUCUCUUCCUAAUUUUCAAUGGCUUCUUCUUCUUCUUUAUUGGAUGCUCCCAGAAUCAAACAUGAUGUCUUCAUCAGCUUCAGAGGAGAAGAUAUCCGCACUUCUUUUCUUAGCCAUUUGAGAAAAGAGUUGCAUCGUUACCAUAUCGAUUUCUUCGUGGACGACGAAAAACUGCACCCUGGAGAUGAUAUUUCAUCCACGCUUAUUCAAGCCAUUGAAGAGUCUUGUAUUUCCUUGGUCAUCUUUUCGGAAAACUAUGCUUCUUCCACUUGGUGCUUGAAUGAACUUGUGAAAGUAAUUCAAUGCAUGAAACAAGAUCAAAGGAUUGUGAUACCUGUUUUCUACAAAGUUGUUCCCUCUGAUGUGCGGCAUCAGAAUAAUUCCUUUAAGGAGGCUUUUGAUAAACACCAACACAGAUUGAAGGGAAAUAUGAUGAAGGUGCAAAGUUGGAGAUUUGCUUUAAAGGAAGCUUCUAAUUUAUCUGGAUUUCAUUAUCCAUCAAAAUAUCAGGAUGAAUCUAAAUUCAUUGAAGAAAUUGUGAAUGAUAUUUCAGAGAAAUUGUCAUAUAUUUUCUCAAUAGAAUCCAAAGGUCUUGUUGGAAUUGAUGAUAAUUUUACAAGUAUUGAAUCACUAUUGGAAAUUGAAUCCGGCGAGGUCCGAAUCAUAGGAAUUUGGGGGAUGGGAGGAAUAGGUAAAACUACUAUUGCUGAAUUCUUAUUUGACAAAUAUUCUUCCCAAUAUGAAGGCAGUUGUAUGUUGAAAAAUGUAAGAGAAGAAUCACAAAAGUUUGGUGUGCCUUAUUUAUGUGAGAAACUUAUUUCUGAGUUAUUAGCUGGAGAAAGCCUUGUUUUGAAAGGAUCAUCCAAAGCAAGAUCCGCUUUUAUCCAGAGAAAGUUGAGUCGAAAAAAAGUUUUCAUAGUGCUUGAUGAUAUGGAUACAUUAGAACAGUUUGAACAUCUUGCUACAAAAUGGUUGGGACCAGGGAGUAGGAUCAUUGUAACUACCAGAGACAAGCAUGUCCUUAGAAAAGUUCAUGGAAUAUAUGAAGUCCAGGGCUUGAGCUUUAAAAAUUCCCUUAAGCUAUUUUGCUUGAAUGCUUUUGACAAAGUCUAUCCUGAAACUGGAUAUGAAGAGUUUUCUGAAAUAGCAGUCAAUUAUGCAAAUGGCAUCCCAUUGGCUUUACGAGUUUUGGGUUCUUUUUUAUACUCUAAAACCAUAGAAGAAUGGGAAAGUGCUUUGGGAAAACUCAAGAUUUAUCCUAAUAUAGACAUUUUUAAUGUCUUAAAAUUGAGUUAUGAUGGGCUAGAUGAUUUAGAGAAGGACAUAUUCCUUGACAUUGCAUUUUUUUUCAAAGGAGAACAUAAGGAUGUUGUCAUAUCAUUUCUAGAUUCCUGUGGUUUUUUUCCUGCUAUUGGCAUAGGCAACCUUUCACGUAAAGCUCUCAUAACUAUUUCAAAUCGUAAUAGAAUAGAAAUGCAUGAUUUGAUAGAGCAAAUGGGUCGAGAAAUAGUUCGUCAAGAAUCAAUUAAAGACCCAGGAAGACGUAGCCGCUUAAGUAACCAUGAGGAUGUCUACAAUGUACUGAACAAUAAUAAGGGAACAGACUCAGUUGAAGGCAUUAUGUUGGACUUGUCUCAAAUUAAAAGAGAUCUACAUUUAGAUGCCGACACUUUUAAAAGGAUGCCUAAUAUAAGGUUUCUUAAAUUUUAUGAUUCAUGGAGGCAAAAAGAAUCAGCAAAUGUGCACGUUUCUUCAACUUUUGAUUCAUUUCCAAAGGAACUAAGAUACUUGGAGUGGAGUGGCUGCCCUGUGAAGUCUCUUCCACCAAAUUUUUGUGCUGAGAAGCUUGUUAAGCUUUCUAUGCCAAAUAGCCAAGUUUCUAAACUUUGGGAUGGAGUUCAGGAUCUUGUAAAUUUAAAGAAGAUUAACUUUUGGCGAUGCAAGCAGCUGGUGGAGCUUCCAGAUUUUACUAAGGCAUCAAACCUUGAAGAAAUAGAGCUGGAUUAUUGUGAAAGCUUAUGUCAACUUCAUCCAUCUAUUUUAUCCAUCCACAAGCUUAAAUCCUUGAGUGUUCAUGGUUGUAAAGAACUGAAGAGUCUUAAAGGCCAGAUUCAUUUCAAAUUUCUUAAAAAACUCCAUCUUCGUUGUUGCUCAAGCUUGAAGGAAUUUUCAUUGUCAUCAGAGGAAUUAAGAAGUUUGGAUUUCAGAAGGACAGGAAUUGAUAAGUUGUACUCAUCAGUUAGCCGUCUCACGAAACUUGUAGAGUUUGAUCCGAGUAAUGUGAGACUUGAAACUCUUCCAAACGAACUGUGUCUCUUGGUAUCACUUGAGGUACUAAAUCUUGAAGGCUGCAAACAGUUGAUUGAACUCCCUCAAAGUAUGAAAGUCUUAUCGCGGUUACAAGAACUAAACUUAGAGGAUUGCUUCAGCCUUCAAUCCUUACCGGAACUUCCACCAUCUCUUAUACAUUUAUCUGCCACAAACUGCAGAUCGCUGGAGAAAUUGUUCAAUAUAAAGACAGUAUUCAGCUUAAAUCUAAAAUCCAUCUCUUUUGAAAACUGCGAGAGGCUUGAUGAGCAUUCAUUCUUAGAAUAUGUGCAUCUUACAAUGAUGGGAGUAGCAAUUAGAGAUAUAUUGGCUGACAUGCUGCAAUACAAAAUUGAACCUCAUGCUGAUGAUGACGAUAUUACGUUCUUCCCUGAAUCCAACAGUCAGGUUUUUUAUCCCGGAAGCAAGGUUCCACCAUGGUUCAUAUAUCAGACAAGAGAGGCUUCAGUAACUAUUGACCUUCCUGCAGAUCAACCAUUGAACCAGCUAGUUGGUUUCAUUCUCUGUUGUGUUGUUUAUCAUAUUCCUUCCCAUAUAGAGUCUCCCACCACUAGUCGUGCUUUUUCUUCAAAACGGCCUCCCAUAAUCCGUUGUCAAUACAGUGGUUUUGGGUAUAGCAAACAGUUUGCUAAAACGAGUCGAUGGAACUCGGAUCAUGUCUGCAUAUGGUUUCAUGCUGCUCAUAAUCGUCAAUGGCAUGGCAACAAUGCCACAUUUAAAUUCGAAGCUGAAACUCUAUCUGAAUUCAAAGUUGAAACUCGAUGUGAAGAUUAUACGCCAUGGAGAAAACGUAUCCCAUAUGAAUGGAGGGUCAUAGAGGAAUGGGAGGUCAUAGGGUGCGGGGUUUACCCAAUAUAUGCCUCAGACAUCCUUGAUGUCUUUCAAAAAGUGGAUCCUCAGUUCCAGUUUUUUAGAGAUAAAACCAGUUUGGAACGGGAAUUUGGGAUUGGGAGGACUUCUCAAUCGGUUUACACUCUCGACGAAGUCAAGACAAGGAUGAUUCACAAGAUGGAAGCAGACCAAAAAAGGUUCUCAUCGGUUUCCAGGAUUUGUCAAAUUUCUAAUAACAGGACCAGGAUGUCACUGGUUUCCUCAAAACCACAAGAAGUAUCUCAAAGUUUGAAUGAAGAAGAAAACCAAGUCGAUCAGAGAAACAGUUCUCCAUUACCUAGGCGUUCGGUAACGAAGAUGUUUAAGUGCUUGUUUGGGUGACGUUAAGUUGAUAUCUUUUUUUAAUAAAAAAAUUUACUUUUAUUUUUUCAUAAAAUCUUUUAAAAAAAUAUAACUUAAAAAAAAAUAUUUUCUUAGAAACUCAUUCAAAUAAGCACUAGACAUUUCCGAAAUAGUAAGGUGAGAACGUAUUCCAUGCUUCAUUGCUUCUUACUUAAACCGAAAAAUUAUUUCCACGAAUUAGAAAAAUGUCGAAGAUACAAGGUGAUCCAAUGUUUACAUUUGGAUCAUAAAAGAAUGACAUUAAUCAAGAUUCAAACUGCACUAUUUGGAUCACCUUAGUGUAUGAUGUACCAAGGUGGUGGUAUAUCAUAACUUCGUCCAUAAAUAAAUAAAUUUAUCCUAAAUAAUUGAAGCAAUUUUUAAUGUGAGCAAGUCUAACAGGGAGUUUAAUACUUGGACAGAGUAAAUUACUUCUUUGAUCAGUGGAAGCUUAAUUAGUUUUUGGUGUGAGGAAUGCUGCCAAGGUAAUCUCAUAUUUCCAUCCUCAUUCUCUUUCGUUGUCUUAUUCAUGUCUUAAUAUAUAUUGGUCUGUAAUUAUGAUUUAUGAAUGAAUUUUUCCAUCCUUCCAAGGAAUGAUCACUGUCAGAACAACUUGUAUAUGAGAAUGUCAUACUGACUAAUGUGCUAAUGUGGUUAAGGUUCAUCUUGGUGCAGAAAUCACUUCCUUGAUAGGUGAAGGCCGAGAGAUUACUACUUCGGUCCUCUUCUAUUGCAUGUUGUGAUAAAAGGCUUGGAAUAUUCAUGCUGCUUUAGAUUUUAAUAUUGGAGUAUCUAAGGGGCAAGUCCUUCCCAUGGUUGUUGCUUGUUGGCAAUGAAGUGAUUUAUGCUUUUUAACUUAAUUCACACUUGUUUAAGAAAUUAAGGUAAUCUUAUUAAUCUUUUAUCAGAAUUGUGUCUUUUCUAUUAGUUUUUAUGUUUAUUAAUUACUUAAGUCGAUGUACAACUGAUUUUUAAACUGUUGGAUGGUGUUAUAUUUGAAUGGAGAGGCAGCUCUUAUUCUGCAGAUGCCCUUUUGAACUGUGACUCUCAGCAUGUUGUUCAUCUUAUCCAUUGAAGAGUGAGCAUUGAAAAUGAUACAUAGAAAGUAGUGACACCAAGGAAAAUGUAAGUGGUAAAGCCACUAACACUUCUCCAUAAAUAUACAUUCUUGGCUUUCAUGUACCUAGUUGAUAUUUCUCACUAUGGUCAUGAA